GUCAACCCCACAUCCCCCCUUCACUCCACCUCACCGCACAGCUGAUCAAAUGUCAAGAAAAUGGAGUUUUGUUACGCAUUUUAUAAUUCAGAUUAGAAAAAGUUUAAAUAUGAAAUCAAAUAACAUUAUUUUUAUAACCUGCUUGGGUUAGAAUGGAUAGUGCAAGUCCAUUUCAACCGUGGGCCACUGACGAUAGUGCGAAAAAUGUUAAAACUGAGAAGGAACUAGUGGAUGACGCGAAACUUCAUCGGGAAAAUGUCAAUCAUCCAAAACAUAGGCAAACUGCGUCUUACAAUAAAGAAAGUAUCGCCGUUGCAAGCAACGCUCCGGGAUCGUCGAGCUCCGCGGCUCCCGGCGGCGAGCCCGCGCGGGGCAGCGAGUCCAACAUGGACUCUAGCAAAAUAGCUUCCAUGCAGCAGAUAGUCGAGAACACCCUGAGUCAGGAGGGUCGACAGAGAGUAGCCCAGCUACUGGAAGCAGUGGAAGCACUCAGUGGUGCGGAGAGACUACUUCUGUACCUGCGCUUACCCACGGGAGUACCACAACAUGAUCCUCUCAAACAGCCAAUCAAUCCACUGGGCUCAAGGGCUGAACUUCAGCAGACUGUAACAUGGAUACAGACACAUUUAGAAGUCGACCCGGAUGUAUCUUUACCUAAGCAGGAUGUGUACGAUGAAUACAUUGCACAUUGUAUGAGCAGUAAUAUGAAACCUCUUUCGACUGCGGAUUUCGGCAAAGUUAUGAAGCAGGUGUACCCGACUGUGAGGCCUCGACGGCUGGGGACGCGCGGUAACUCCAGGUAUUGCUAUGCGGGUCUAAGAAAGAAGAUCAAAUUAGAAGUGCCGCAGUUACCCGAUUUGGGUGAAGCAUCCAAGGAACCAACUGCGGCAUCUCGGGAAACUGAGAGGAUAGUGUGCGAAUGGGCCGAAACAAAGUUAGGCAUGAAGUUCGCGAGUGUGUCGGAGCUGUCGCGGCACCUGAUGUCGGCGAGCACGCAGCACACCGCGCCCGGGCCCGCCAGCGCCUCGCCGCCGCCUCUUGCGCAAACGCACGCACCAGCAGAAGACGCAACAAGUCGACAGUUAAUCAAGCACCUGAAAAGGAAAAUUCAGACCCAAGGAACACCGGGCCGUCCCAAAAAGAACAAAGGCCAAGAGGUUUCCGGGGAGUCCCCUCCGUCCACGUCGUACGCGGGCCACCACCAGCCGAUGAAACACGAGAGCGAGCCGCUGCCCGACAUGAGCUACUACCCCGCGCAGCCGCCGUACGUGCCCGUGUACGAAGUGCGGCCGCCCAUGCCGCCCUACGCCGCCCCGCCGCGCGCGCACCCCCCGCACCCCGCGCACCCGCCGCCGCCGCCGCCCGCGCAACCGCUGCCGCUGCACGACUACCGCGCCGACCCCUACGCCUUCGAGCCCGCCUACGCGCCGCGCGACCUGACGCGCGUCGACGUGGCGCACAACCUGCCCAUCAACCUCAGCAGCGACGCCUCGCUCGACCUGUCCACCGAGCGCACGGACUGGCAGCGGCGCCGCCCGCCCGAGCCGCCGCCGGCGCCGCGCCUGCCGCUGCCCGGCAAGAAGCUCAUCCUGGAGGCCUACCACAGCGAGACGCGGGCGGCCUCGCCCCGCGCGCCCGCGCCCGACGAGUUCCCGCGCGCCGAGUACCUGCCCAAGAAGAUGCGCGCCGCCGAGAUCCUGGGCGGCAAGCUGGCGGCCGCCCGCCAGGCGCUGCUGCCGCCCGCGCCCGCGCCGCCGCCCGACGCGCCCGCCGAUGCUCCCGUUCGUCCCGAGGUUGCUUUUUUAGAGGAUCCAAAAAACUUAACGAGCCGGUCCAAAAGCACCGCCGCGGCGCUGGCCCGGGAGGAACAGGAGGCGGCGAGUCCCACACGGUCGGUGAAGGCUCCGACGUCUAAGUCCGAAAUGCUACGCAAUAAACUACGGAAAUCCAGCGGCCGAGCCAGUGGACCCUCGCCGGAUCGGGCGGGAUCGCCCGAGCGAACCGCCACGCCUGAUUCGUGUUGCGGUCUAGAUGGGAUUAACAUUAAAACGGGGAUGAUCUGUGAAGAGAAACACUCGGAGAUUCUUAACAGGGAACGUGUCAUCAGCAUAUGUAACAUUGAUAAGCAUGAUUUAGAUGAUUAUUUGAACGAGGGCAACAGUCAGGAACAUGAGGAGGAGCUACUGCAGUAUUUUCAUCACCGCGCUAACCAGGCGCAGACACAAGCGAACGCGAGCACGUCUGACAGUACAGCUGCUUUUUUAGAACGAGGCCAGGACCCACACGACGAACAUAGUCAGGGCAAAAACGAAAAGAUAUCACAGCUCAGAGAAUUAUUAGCUAAAAACUUGAAAAACCAGAGUGGGUCUAGUUCUCAAACUAUGCAAAUCAAUCAGGAGACUCAACUAUCGCAAGAAAACUCUCAUGAACCUCCGCCUAUAAAGACUACUAUUUCUGAAGGAGCCUUUAAGCCGCUGCCUGCAAAUGAACCAGAUAUGAAUGGGCCGACCAUGAUCAAUCAAAAUGCUUUGAACACCAACAAGCACAGUAAUUCUGUUCCUAACCAAAACGGCACUUCUUUAUCGUACAUCAAUGAUACUUCAUCCAAUCAAGUAGUUGGCAAUGUUGGAGGCCCACAUUUGUACAACGGACAUUGUCAUAACGAACCUCAGAGUCCGACUACCAGAACACAACAAUACGAGUUUGUGCCCAUUUCUGAUGGAUGCCAUUCGCCUGGCAAUUUUCAUUCCAAGUCACCAUUAGGUUUUGGACAAAGAGGUCAAAGCCCAUCUAAAGUCAAUAAACAGAUUAUAAUGGGUGGUUCGUUGCAGACGUCACCUAUAUCGCACAGCACUGCUGCCAGCCCAUUCGUGAGUCCACGUAACACCCCGGUGCCGCGGUCCCGACUGUGUCCCCGACCAAUACCUAAACACAAUGGAAGGAAACGCCGCAAUCCUCUGUCCCUGGGCGUUGCAGAUCCCUGCUCCAAACAGUUUGCCAUACCCAACGAUCAAAAGUUUAUGAGCAAGUCAACUGUCUGCGGCCCCGGCAAGUACUGCCAACCGAUCUCGGCUCCUCCCUCGCCAAAUAUACUCACGCAAUAUAAGAACCAUAAUAUGUAUUCGUGCCCUUCCGGAAUGUCUAAUGGCUCAAAUAACCUUUGUUUGAAUUUUUUACCGAACGCACCAUUUCGAGAUCACGUUAAUGGAGAUCAGCCGUUGUCUGCUGAUCCAUUGUCAAGUGAGGUCAGUCAGUUUUUCCAGGAGUCGUUAGUCACAUACAGAUCGGGUCCCGAUACUUUCAGAUCUCAGUCUGUGCCGCUGAAACAGGGCAUAGGAAAUAUGGGACUUUUGAGUUAUAACAACACUCCAGUAGGAUCAGUUCCACCAACACCUGUCCCGAAUGAGUUCUGUGAUUUCGGAUCUCUCGCUGAUACUUGUGACAUAUCAAAAGCUGGACUUAAUAGAGAAACACUUGACAAAAUCUAUGAUGCCAUCGACAGCAGCAACGAUGUCCUUACGACUAGCGCUACACAAAGUAUUUUGAGUACCAAUGACACUCUGAGUAACGGUUGUGAUCCCUUGCCCGAACAUCAGAUACUCUCAGAUGAUCAAUUAACUUCGAUUAUACCGAGCGGUGAAGAUUUGCUGGAAAGAAGCAAUCAGUUCAGCCAAUCGUUCACCAACGACAGCGCUGCCGCCGACAACGUAGAAGACUUUCUGAAACGAGCCAAUAGUAUUGAGUUUGACAUAUCGGAAUUAGUUACAGAAAAGAAUAAAUACUACAACACAUCACGAUCGGUCCCGAGUACACCGCUUCCGUACAAACGCACCGCGCCUAACUUGCAGAUAGAUUCGCGGCGAUCGCGGGAACUGUUCACUGCCGAGAAUUAUUCGAACGCAUCGAACGGCAUAUCGUCGAAGUCAGUGCCAUCGACUCCUCAGUUCGCGGAGGACAGAAGCGUGUUCAGUUACAGCAACAGAGAUUUCCUAAUAAACGGCAACUCGGUGUGCGGGUCGUCGGCGCUGCACGAGCCGGUGGUGGAGAGCGAGGCGCUGACGUCGCCGCUGCACGACAUGCUGCGCGAGGACAUCCUGGGCGAGCCGCUGACGCCGGCGCUGCUGGCCGACCUCGACAAGAUGGACGCCACGCCCUACGUCGACCUCUAGUCAGCUCUUCUCCUCUCGCCCUCUGUAUAUAUGUACUAUAUUAUAAGUUUCGAUUUGUUUGUACAGAUACCGAUCAAUUGGAUAUCUACAUAGUACAAUGUAUUCGUAUGCCUUCAGUGAAGGCAAGUGCUAAGUUGUGCAUACCUAGUUUAAAUUUGGAUCGCACACUCCCAAAAAUUGAGUCAAUAAUCAAUGCACUAUAAUAUUGUGAUAAUAAUAAAACUUUGUGACAUCAAUUAUAGAGUAAGCUAAAGCGAAACUCUAAAUUUUAUUUUUGACGGCUCCUCUGAGCCAAUUUGUUAUGCCACUUUUAAAAUAUUGGCAAUUUUUGUUUGCAAUACUUAACCACGUUAGUUGAAAAAGUGAACAUGCUACUCGAACUUGCAGCAACCUUGAUAUCGCUGUUCUCUUAGCUCACAAAUGUCAAGUGACACCUAAAAUUGAUGGAAUAGUACUUGAAUCAUUAUUAUGUCUGCUAUCAUUUUAAUUUCUAUUACAAAUGUGAUGACUGCGCGUGGGGCCGCGGCUCAGCUGUCCACAUGCGCAGGACGCGUGUGAUGCAACGGACCACAUUAUAUAAUAAUAAUAUAUAUAUGAUAUCAUAAGAUGAACUUCCGACAAGGAUUCAAUAAAACUUCAAAGACUAGAUACGAUACGUUCAGCCUGAUGUGAAAUUGACUAAUUAUAUACAAAGAUACGCACUGUCGGUACAUACGUAAAUGUAUUAUGUGUACUAGCUAGGUUUAGGGAUGGUGGAAAGAUGAUUUUAGUAUUUACCGACUGUAUACGUUAUUAUAAUAUUGGGCAUACCACUGGAAAACGAUAAUUCAAUGUCUUACCUGGAGCUGAUCGUUAAUUAAUAUCUAUGAAAUUACUGUUACUGCGUUUGUUGUAGUUCAUGUUUGAAUCAAGAUAGAUGCUGCUUCAAAUCGAUCUUGUUCCAUGUUAUUAGGCUUACUAUGUGUCCAUUGCUUUUGAAUGUAUACGUGUGAACUGCUAAACUAGAUAAGUGUUGCAGUAUAUCUCAUACAAAUGUUUCAUUGUGUUGUUCAUUUGUUAAACUGUCGAGUAUGCUAUGCAUGUGAACAUAGGCCGUAAGUUUACGUUUUCUAACAUAUUCUUUACAUAACUCUGCUUGUAUUGUAACAUAAGUGUAAGUGGUAUGUGCCUCGUGACAAUAUCUGCGCUCAUUAUUAAUCACAAAGAAACAUCGAAAUUUUGAUACAUAUUUAUAUAUAUUAGUGAGAUACAGUCAAUAGUGAUACUAGCUAACCAGUUCCAUCAACAACAUCAUGUGAAAGUAGCUAAUGUACGUAGUUAUAGUGUUUAACCAGACCAAUGCAGCGUGCCAAGCGCGCUUAGUAAAUUAGAAUUGGUUUUUCAUAAGAAAAAUGAUAAAAUAGUAUAUAGUUUAUGAAAAAUGAAUUUAUUGUAAGUUAGCACAAAGAUUUAAUAUAUUUUAUUAUCACAUAGGAGUUUUACUGAUAUACUAAAUUUACAUUGAUCGCAUAAAAUGCGGGAUGGAGAGUUGAACCUGCCAAUGUGGCCGCAGUGAGCUUGUAAGGCGUUACUAAAUUAAAAUUACUCUUUCGUUGAUUACUAGCGUCGAAGCCGGUCGCGUUUAUUGGCGAAUGGGUACAAGUUGAACCACGAGUAGUGAAAAUACAACUACACUUCUUAAGAUGUAGUUAGUUCUUCAUUCAUAAAAUCACAUUAUUAUUAAAUAUAGAUAGGUUAUUAUUAAUUCUUCCGCCUUUUGCCUCUAAUUUCGUGAUUUUCACUACUCUUCUUUAUUAUUAGCGGUACAUGCAUAAGUUUAAAAUAAUGUGUUGGAAUAAAAUCAAAUUCACCCCUAAAUUAGUAUAUGGUAUGUGAAAUGCAAGAGUUAACUUAAAUAUUUACGAAGCUAGGUGUAAUAUUUUUAUUAUUGCGCACGUUAACAAAACACAAUCAUACUAACAGAACGACUAUAAAUUCUAGUUCCGCCAUAAGACCGGCUUCUUACACAAUUUCAAGUUUGAAACUUAUAAAAAUAAUACUGUCUCGUAUGGCCUAGCAAAAUUGUUGAGUAUUUUGUUAUAGUUUGUGUCUUGAGUAUUGUUUCAAACUCAACUAUGUUCUGUAUGAAUGAGAUAAUCUAUAUAAAAAUUUCAUUUUCCUGAACCUGUGCCUCAACAGCGAAUGCUAUAGGUCGUAAAAUGUCCUUUUAAAGCUUAGUAGUUGGUUUGUUAUAACGCUAGUACAAAACACACUGAUUCGACAGGGAUAUACCUAGGUAUAUGUAAGUUAAACCGAAGACUGUUUAAAGUUUGUAGAAUAUUUUCAACACAAAGAAAUAACUUGUCAUGAUCACUUCGUCUCGAGGAGUAGAUGUACGCAACGAAUAACCUCAGUGAUCAGAUCAGUGUUAUUCCAAUUUGGUACAACUUACCAAAAUCGACUAGUACCUAAUUACAAUUAAGUUGUACAUUUUGUUAAGGCUCGUCUCUCGUAAGUUUAAGACGUUGAAGCACUUUGUAAAUACUUUCAAUGUUUAUUCCAUUCUUCAUUGUUUCAUACCAUUUUCAUUCAUCAGAUUGUCGGCGAUAUGUAGAUUGACAACAGAAACUAACAACAGUUAGUUUCAUGUGUUGCUUACCAUUGCUUGAUGAGUCCACUAUCAUCAAAUCAAACAUUUCAUCGUAGUAAUUAUAGAUGUCAAGAUAUUUGUGCACUUUAAAAUGACAAUGUGUAAUGAAAGGAAUUAUUAUGUGUUUAUUAGUACGGUAAUAUCUUCUCAUUGGGUGUUGUGAUUUGAUUCACAUCUCUUGAAUCGUAACUUUUACAUGUACUCUGUUCAUAUAUCCCGAUUUGUAUGAUCAUUAAAUAUAAUUCCUUUGGAAUUGCAAUGCAUAUUGCAAAUUGUGUACAUAAUAUAAUAAUUAUAAUCGCGUAAGGCGUUGAUUAACAUCACUUUAACGAAAUAUCCACACCGAUGUAACUUGUAAUGUAUUAAAUGAUAAACAAUUAUUUUAAAUUUAAGUAUAUUUUCUAUUAACGGAAUCAACCCACAGAAAUUGAGUGGUAUGAAUAAAAUAUUUACUAUGUUUUAUGAAGGAAAAUUAAUGAAAAUAAGAAUUCAGUAAAUCAUAAAUAAUCCCCCAUACAUAAUUAUAUUUAAAAUAUAUUGUCUUUUAUACAUACAUAUAUCUAAAUAUUAAAUUCGAUUUAUUUUAAAGAAUUCUUCUGUGAGAUUUGGAUUCAUCGUACUUAUGAAUUAUGUAUAUGUAUAUAAAAUUUAUUCAUCAGUACCAAGUCUAUAAUUGCACUUCUGAGCUAAUUUCAAUUCAAUGCAUAAAAAUCUUCGUAUAACUUUUUGAGUACUGUCUACAAUGCUGUUGACAUGAUAAUAAUUUCUUAUUGAUUUCCGUUAAAUUAUUUCAAAUUUACUUUUUAUAAAUACAGAAUUUAUUUACAAAAAUUGGACAAUGUUUAGAUGCUUUUUUAAUAGAGAAUGGUUUAGUAAGUAUAGGAAACAUUUGUUUAAAUAUUAAUUUGUACCUGUAGAUAGUUAUUAUUUGAAUUUGAUGUUUUUAUCUAACAGCAAAACGAGAUGACGGAGAUAUAAAUUGUGUAAAAAAUACUUUUAAUCUAACACAACUGGAAAUUUUCUUUCAGGCUUAGAAUAUGAAAUGAAUUUUAUCAUGUAUAUGUAUUUUUCAAUUUUACAAUGUAUUUAAAAAUCAAAGAUUUGAAAUGAAAUUUUUUACACCUUAUGAUUAAAAAUUAAUACAUACAUAUAUUAGAUGGUAUAAUUUAACAUUGGUAACUAUGAUUUCUUUUAGGAAUAUUUGUUAAAAUUUCAUGACUUAGGUAUACAUAUUUUGUUUUGUAUAAAAGUACCAAUCAGUCACAUAAUGAGGUUUGUUGCUAAAAUAAAUCAUUGUUAGUUAAAUACAGCAUUAAUAUUGGUUGAAACGUAUUAAUACAUGACACCAUUUAAUUUUUAUUACAACUUUGUUGUUCUGUUAAUUAUUGUUUUUAUUUUCUAAAUAUUUUUAUAAAAUGUAUGAUAAUACAUAUUAGUUAAAUAUUAAGCAUAUCUAGUUGUAAGUGAAAAUAUCCAUGUUGUUGAUUAGUCUUUUAUGGAUGUUGAUUUACACCAUUUGCUAUGCAGUGAUAAUAAAUGGUACGAUAGUA